AUGGCAGCAUCUCACAACUUCCGUUAUGGUUGGAGAUGGUUAUUUGCCGGUAACAGGUUUUUGGCUUUGCCACUUCUUGUAUUGUCUUUCUUUCUUAGUGAGACCUCGUGGUUUCUUAUUAAGAAAGGGUGUAUGGAUGAAGAAAUAUCUUCCCUUAAGAUGAGGAGGAAAUGUGGAGCAGAAGCAGAGCUGCAGCUGUUAGCAGGCAUGGUGAAAAAUGAAGCCAAGAGGAAAAGGAAGAAAUUAUCACACUCGCCCCUUUUACUGCUUAACAUAGUGGCUCAAAUUUUCCAGCAAGUGUUGGGCUUAGACUCAAUACUAUUCUUUGGACCAUUACUUCUGCAAUCAACUAGAUACACCUAUAAUGCCUCAUUUGUCGCUCCACUCAUUGUCGGAGUUGUUCAAGUUGGAGUUGCUGGAUUCACUUAUCCGAGUUUCCUUGUUGGGUCUCUUCCGUUUGGUAGAAGACCAUAUCUUUCAACUGAGCCAAAAGAGUGCCUAUGUUCUCAUGGAAUUUUCCAUACCCCUCAUAGGCUGCUAUUCAAUGUUCUUGGGGCCUUCUGA